AUGACGGCGUCCGUAGCCUCGGGAUUCUCGCCUCACUCCGGCAUCGACACGGAUGAGAGCAACGAGAGCUUUGUCAUGGUCGGCAGUUAUGGCGGUACCAGCUCGAACACGAGCUCUAUAGCGUAUUGGGAGUCACCGAGCAGCGGCAGUUUUCAGUCUUUCGCUUUUGUUGGACAGCAACCUCAGUUCAUGCCCCCAAGCCCUCCGGCUGUCAGCCCCUACGCCCUGGAAGUUGGCAGCGAUGCCGCGGCGCCGCUAUCAGCGGAUACAUUUGGGGACGGCGACGGCUCUUAUGACUUCCAGACUGCCUCAACGAAUGCGAACCCCAACCAGCUUGACCUGAGCAACUCUGACAUAAACGAAAGCCAAGAGCCGCUGGGCCUGGUCGAUGAUGGAUGUCUCGAACGUCUUGCCAUGGAACUCCACGAAUCUCCAGCAGGAUGGCAUGUUUCUCAUGGAUGGAUUCACAUCACCGCCGGCACCGACUUCUGUAUCGAUCAGUCCAGUGAUCGACACGCGCACACGCGGGCAAAACAAACCCGUAUGAAAGUCAAGAUGCUACGCGACCCUCGCAAAGAGGACGCAAGGGGCCGCUAG